GAUGGACCAUUGCUAAUGAUCAAUAAUGGACAUUCAGUUGCGAUAAACUUGCCACCCACCAUGUUUAUCAGUAAAGGGCUAUUACAUCGUUACACAGCGGUUCAGAUGCAUUUCCACUGGGGUGCCCUUGACCCGGAGAGCAGUGGCUCAGAGCAUACAAUUGAUGGGAUACGAUAUGUGGCAGAGCUGCAUAUUGUUCAUUAUAAUUCUGACAAAUACAGAAAUUUCUCUGAAGCUUCUGAUAAAGCAGAUGGAUUGGCUGUGCUUGCAUUUUUUUAUGAGGAUGGACAUUUUGAAAACACAUACUACAGCGACUUUAUAUCCAGCCUCAGCAAGAUCAGAUAUGCAGGGCAAGUUACUGAAAUACAACCAAUAGAUAUCAGCACCAUGCUGCCCGAUAACCUCUCCAACUUCUAUAGAUACAGCGGAUCAUUGACAACUCCACCUUGUUUUGAGACAAUAAGCUGGACAAUCUUUGACACACCAAUUGUGCUCUCAUCCAAUCAGGUUCGGUUAUUGGAAACUUCUGUGCUAGACUGGGAAAACAAAACUUUGAGGAAUGAUUAUCGACACACACAGCCAAUCAAUGACAGAGUUGUAGAAGCCUCUUUUCAACCGGUCCUGGUGAAAGGUUCCUGCCAUCUUGAAACAAUUCUUGCAAAGUUGGACAAAAUUGAAGAAAUCUUGAACAAUUUCGAAGCAAAUUUGGAAUCAAGACAAACAGGCAGUGAAUUGUCUUCGCACCCCACUUUCCACUUCUCCGAGGAAAGCCUUUUGAGUUACGUUGAGAUCCAAACUCUUCGCAGUAUGAACCUCAGUUCCUUUACCAUCUGCAUGCGGAUCAGAACAAGGGAUUUCCAGCCGAGAAUUCUUCUGUCAUAUGCAACGGAGGAUAGUGACAAUGAACUAACUAUCUCUGUGGGUGUCGACUGGGGGUUAUGGAUUGGAGGGCACUUUGUGAACAUGCCUUUGCAUUUCAGUCCGAAUGAAUGGGUGCACUACUGUGUGACGUGGCGAUCUCAGUCGGGAGCUGCAGAAGUGUGGAAUAACGGGCUGUCUGGAGAGGUGAAUUAUAUUAAGAAAUGGUACGUUAUUAAAACAGGUGGAACCCUGCUGCUGGGAAAAGACCAAGAUGGAAUUGAGGACGUGCUAUCCGAUGCUUUUAUUGGUGACAUUACUGCUGUUAACAUGUGGGAUUAUGUCCUUAGCCCCUCAGAAAUUCGAAAUUUAAUGGAAUGCAGAUACAGGUGGAGAAAGGGAAAUGUUAUAGGUUGGGGGAAGAGUUCUGCAGCACUGUUUGGUGGAGUGAAACUUGAAGAGGACAACAGUUGUUUGGGGUAAUUUAUCUGAGGCGAAAGCUUUGCUGUGCGCUAACUGGGGGAGGCCAGGGAAAUGUUAACCAAUGCACCUUCAACGCGAGCACCUUGGCUUGGGAAAGCACACAAAGCUUUAUUUUCACAGACUGCUUUUCAGAAUCACCA